AUGCCUUGGCUUUGUACGCGCCUGAGAUAUCUCAACCGGGGAGGUACCGAUGAUUUACCUCGCGCUUUCACUACAUGGAUAUUCGCUCCCCCAUCCGACCGGCUCUGUGACCCGGGACCAGACUACAAGUACUCAUUGAAAGACUGCCAGCUUCCAGAACGUCAAUUCGACCCCGUUCUUCAAGUCAUCGUGGCAACCAUCCGAGAGCUUGCGGUAGACAACAUGUAUGUUGCGGCGGCAAAGAUUCGAGUCCGCAAUGCCACUUCAAGUCCACCCAUAUGGCCAAUGACUGGAAACAGGGAGAGCGAUUCUGGUGUGAAGUUCUACGUCUUCCACCCCUACUACGACGAAUUUCCAAUGACUGUGCCAGUGGCGAUGUUCGACCGCCGCGCAGGCCUUUCAGCCGACAAACUCUUCGUUCGGAGCAAGUCACGGUGGGAAUCCUUGCGCACAUGGCUUCUGCAGCUGCCCGAUAUUAAGAUCUUGGAUGGGUACUGGUGCCGUGAUAAGCAGCAACUUGAAGCCAGACGAAUUCAGACACAACAGGUUUGGUGGCGAUGCAAUGGCAAGCACUUUCCACUGAUGGAUCUGCCCACUGAGCUCUACUUUGAAGUCCUACGCCAUGCCCUUGGUGGAGAGAUUCAUCCGUUCGUCAUCGGGGGGCCUGAUAUGCACCUCGAAACUCGGACGGUUCCUAGAAGGGGUGGCCAGUCACACGUGGUAUUGGGGCGACAGGCCUACAGCAGUCGAGAGAAUGCGGUUCCCGGGACAGAACCGCCGAACUAUGCGCUUCUUCGAGUCUCCAAGCAAGUGCGACGAGAGGCCCUCAACGCCGCUUGGGUCGGCACACGAAAGUGUUUCGUCACUCCACCCAGUUUCUUCAAGGUCAUCUCUUUGGCUCACAAGCCCAGUGCGCAAUACAACUGGAUUUCCAAGGUUGAGCUUGAUUUCACAAUUUCCGAUUGGUUCGACUUCUUCGGCGUCGAAAUCCAUCCUGCGCUACAUGCGUCAGCGGGGUUUUCGAUGGGACCGUUACUACAGGGAAUCAACACCUUGAAGAGUCUUCGACUGCGCUUCCGCAGCCCUUAUGGCGGAAGGCAUUAUUAUAAGAAUAUGAUGGAUCCUAACCCGUGGCAGUGGUUUCAGGCACUGUACAAACACACAGACUGGUUCCAAUCGAACGAAAUGUAUAGAGACAUGCGAACGUCUAUUUGCUACAAGACCGUCGUUGACUGGAUCCUGACGUUUGCGUACCCCUAUAUUCACCACAUACCUAAUGUUAUUCUGGCCGGGUGCGUGAAAAAGGAGGUACGAGAGCGUUGGACCCAUCGUCUGGCAACAGGAUACCGUCUUCGAAGAAAGAUAUCUCGCAAAGGAUUGUCCGAGGCGGAAACACUCGGGUAUAACUGGCAAGCCGACAUGGAUCUCAUCGGAAAAUACCCGUCGCACUCUCCUCCCCGGUGCUCCUGCCCAGUUCCUUGUGAUUUGUUUGAGAUGAGGGACUUCGCCUUCCGUCACAAUGUUCCGCCCGAAAUCUACCGAGUGUUCGACCACGAUGAUGAAUGGACCGAAGAGUUGAAUGAGCGCGUUGUAUGGCUCAUUACGCAUGCUCCUCAACAUCUGUCAGAGCUCGUUCUCUACGGACCGCAGGCCAACUCGAAGUCACUUAUUGAAAAAUAUAGGGACAAAUACAACAACUCUGGAAUUCAAGGAACGGUACAGAAAGGGUGCAUAACCACAGAAGCCGAGGAAUAA